UGUGAAUCUCCAUCGUUUACAGUACAUCAACAGCAGAUAUCAUGGAAACUUCUACCGCCGUGUCCACCAAAGGCCCUCAAGCCGCCGAUGAGAAGACCAAAUUCAACACAGAGGAAGCGUUGGCCAUCAUCAAGGAGACAGUAGAAGCCACUAUUCAGGACGCCGAAUAUUCUCACAGCAAGGUACCUACCUGGAAUUCCGCCAUCAUUGUCUCUUCCUUAAAAAAGCUAAAGGAGAUGAAUCAAAACUACAAGUAUGUCGUAACUUGCCUAAUCAUGCAAAAAAAUGGAGCGGGAUUUUAUGCUGGAAGUUCGGUAUAUUGGGACAAUCUUCAUGAUGGCAGUGCAAGUCAUCGACACGAGACAAAAUCCUUAUAUGCGAUCGUCAAUGUUUUUGGUUUGAGUGUAUAAAUAAAACACCCACAGUUAACUUUUAUUUUUUUUCCCAUCAUCACUCCCGGAAGAAGCUCAAGGUCACAAAAUGUAUGAUCUAUUAUUGAAACAUAUUCUUGUAAGCGCGAGUUUGGAUCUAUAUAAAUAUAAAAGACUCGUGGAUCAUCCGAUUGGGAUGUUCUACACACAAAAGCUGGGCGAGAUGUCAUUCAAGGAGAUCGAUUUCAUAUCAAAGCCUACGGCUUCGAAUCCUUUUUGAAUCUCCUCAAUCUUGGCAGGUGCACUGACAACCACCACAUUGGAUGUACCCGGGUUGAACAUAUGGACAAGGUAUUUGUUCAAAACUCGCUGCAAAUCAUCCAUGGUGACGUUCUGAACGGGGGAGAUAAUGCAUCAGUAUUAUUUUAAGACUCAGAAAAGCUGUAUUGCCCCCCGUUACGUACCUGAAUAGCGCUCAUGAUGUCUC